CAAGAUUUUGUGUCCCUGGUACUUUUGGGUUCACUUCAUAAUUAUUUUGUAGCUUUUGAAGAAUUUCUCAAGAUUGUGUUCGAUUAUUUAUGUUUGGUGUUUAAUUAACUACCUGCGAUAGACGUAAUAUCACGUUUUAUCGUGUGUGCCUUUGGCGUUGCAGCCCAGCCCUGGCUAAAAACGCUGCAUUUUUGUUUACACGCAGUCAAGCAAAACUUUCCCAUUUUGUAUUCGCUACAAAUUCGUUUGAAUGCAAUGAAACUGGAUAAUUAUCGUUUGAUCGUCGAGGUGGGACGAAGACGUGCGCUAUGGGACUCCACCAUGCAGUUGUCACAACGCAAAGAUGUGGGCAACAUGCAAUGGGACGAGGUGGCUUCUAUUAUGGGAACUGAUGUGAGCACUUGCAAGAAGCGCUUCAAGGGAUUGCGCGACAGCUAUCGCGCCGAAGUGCGCAAAAUACAGCGGCGAAGUAUUGAUCACUCCAACUGGCCUUACUUUCGACCUCUGGAAUUCCUGCGCAAUAUUUUCGAUCCUGAUCAAAUGGUUCCAUUUGCACCUUUGCCUUUUAACAUUGACAGCGAUUGCAAUGAGAGCGCUGAUCUGCAGAAACUCGAUGAUUUUGUCAUAGAUGUGGACAACGAUGAUUCGUUUGACUUUGAGAUCAUGGGUGAUAUUUUCAAGCGAGAAACUUCCGACGCUACAGGCCCUGACUCGGGUUCCGAUAUGUCAUCAGUAGCCAAGCACAACAACUACGAUAUGUCCACUGCAUUGUCUCACAAUCGAUCAGAUAUGCAUACCUCACCCGGAUUGUUAUCACCACUGCCAAAAGCGCCGACAGCGAAGCGGACGCGAUAUCGCAGGAAUUCCGCAGAUGCAUACAGGUGUGCGAAUGGCCGAGCGACGUCCCCAGCCCCAGUCCAAAAAACAACAUCAGCUGUUGCUGCUGCUGCCGAUGUGGCUAAAGAUGAUGCGGAUCAUAACUUUCUUGUCAGUCUGCUGCCGCAUAUGAAAACGCUGUCGACGCUGAACAAUAUGAAAUUCCGCACAGAAGUUAGUCGUUUACUAAUGGAGCUCAAUCAGCAGGAUAUGCAGCGGGAAACCAUCCAACAGAGUUCGCCAAGUUUGCCCAAAUUAAUCCCAGCACCAGCGUCAACUAAUCAUGGCUUUCAUCAGCAGGCUAACUCUAAGUACAAUGGGAACAACACACAAACUAAUGGCAGCAUUUAUGCUGCUCAGUGUUCCAUUAUAGAGUGUGAUGUUAAGAUAGAGAAUGAGCCUUUAUUUUAAGAGAUCAGAAUUUUAUUGUAUAUACAAUUGUAUACAUCUCAUAGUAGUAACAGUUAUUAAUUGGCUUCAUCCAAAAGUAAUUUACAUUAACAUUUAUAUUACAAAGAUCCCCGCAAAAACAUUCUUAUAUACACUAUCGUAUCCAUCAUAUUUGUAGUCACAAAUAUAAGAUUGCAUCUUUAUCUUUUCGAAUAGCUAUAAGUGUUAGACUUUUACAGUUCUUAGUGUAAAAUU